UUGUAUUCAAGGAGAAAUUCAGUUGCCCAGUGACACUUCCAUUGGAUAGUUGCUCCAGUUAACACCUCUUGAAACAUCGUGCUCCAAAACAAUACUCUGUGAUUCUUGAAGAAAAUCUUGUCUUAAGGUUUCAGAAUGGAUCCCGUUGCUUCCUCUCAACAGGACACUAAGAAAGGCGAAGGAGCCUUUUUGACCAAAAAGGAGUCUAAGGAUAAUCCUUUCAUGUCAUGCAUUACGCUCAAAUGGAAUAACUUCAACAACAAGCAAGGCGCUGAAUUGUACAAAAAACUCUUGGAUCGAUGCGAAACUGACUGUAUGAUUACUUGCGGCCCUAUUGUCUUGGCUGGCCAUCAACAGGCAUUUGAAUAUGCCUCUCUCCGUAUCAGAGAUGCUUUUAAAAUUUGUCUGAAGGUCCAUGGCGGGAAAAAAUGUACUAAAGGGUACCAGAUUGGAUUGGAUAAUCGUUGCGCUCCGUUCAUCCAUGAGCUUGUUCGGUUCAUGUACACCGGGGAGGUCACGAUCUUCAGCCGCCAGGAGACCGAAUUUUGCAUGAUUGGCCGUGCUCUAGAAAUUCCUCCAUUCCUGGAUGGAGAGAAUAAAACGCCUUACCCGCCACAACUCGGAUACGUUACCAUCGCGGAAGCCGAAACGGAGGAGAAGGUUGUAAUUGAGGUCAACGUCCAACGAAACGUGGACAAGAAGCCAUCAAGCCCCGUGAUUACUCCCCGUGAAGAAAAGCCGAAACCCAACAACGACAAUACCUCUUUCGACGAAAUUUUGGCCAAGCAGUUAGGAUUGAAAGAGCUCAAGAAGGGCCGGCGAUCCCGAAAGUCUUCAGUACCAGUGAGAUUUGUCAGCCAAGCUGCCGAAUCCAACCCAACAUCACAUUGUCAAACUGCUCCGACCAAAGGAACAGGAGCUGUGCCAAAAAAACGCAUUGACAGGGAACCAUCCCGUCAUUCUUCCGGUGCCUAUUCCAAUCAGUCGCAAUCUCCUCCACUUCCUGCCCAUCCCUAUUACAACCCGGUUACCCCUGCUAUGCUGCCCUUUUUGCCUCCUCCGAGUCAAUAUCAAAAUCUCUCCAGUCCAUUCCAAAAUCCCAGUGCCUUCAACACCCGACGCCGAGCCUCAUCUACUGUGACCAGCCCCUCUCAAACUAGCUCACCCUCGCCCACAGAGAAUCUAUACGUACCAAAUACUUUAAGCCUCCUUCAGACUGCGGCCGCCCAACAGCUUAGCCCUUUAGGCGGCAUGGCCUCGGGAUCACGUCAGAUCGAUAGCCCAUAUUUAGUCCCAAAUGCGUCUGCUGCUCAGAAUUCCCUCUUGCUUAUGGGUUACUACAACAAUACCUUUCGAAAUGUUGGCCAACCUCCUCAAACCCUUUUGCAGCAAGUUGAACAUAUCAAAGCUCUAGAAAUGCAACUUGGAGCAAGAAGAUCUCAAUUGGCCGCUGCAUCUUACUCACCAACCAUGCAGCAACAACAAACCCAUCAACAGCAAUGCCAAGAGAAUGAAGCUGUGAAAAAUCUAUUGGCUGCUCAGUUCGCAGCAAAUAUGCGUCAACAAGCACCCUCAGGAGCUAAUGCUUUCCCAGAGCUUGCCCCCGGGCCCAGUUCAAGCAAUGGUUUGGCCAGUCCCAGACAGAGUCCACGACAAAGUCCCAGGGGAGCCAAUGCUUUGGCCAGUCCCAAACCCCGUUCCAGUAGAGCUAGCCCAUUCCCUGCUGCUGGCAAUGGUGGAGCAUUAAAUUUGAGUCGAAACCAGAAUCAAUGCCAACCUAAAAAGGGCAAAGCCAAAUCCCCCAAAUGCUCUCCCAAGACCGACGAUGAUCCCAACGGCGGAAAAAGGAAGCGGGGAACUCCCCCCAAUUACGUCAGAGAUGAAAACGGUGAAAUUGUCUACAGCAAGAGCGGCAAGGCCAAGAUCAGGUGCGAGGUUUGCGGACGUAUUCUCACAGACCCUAGCUCCCUCUACCGACAUCGAAAGACUCACACCGAUGAGAAGCAACACGAGUGCAAGAUUUGCUUUUCCAAGCACAUCCAACGCUUCAACAUGAAACAACACACUGUCACACACAUUGGUUAUCCCAUCGACUUGAGUGUCAUCAACAGCAUGGAUGUUGAUCUCAAGGGAAUCAUGCAAGGUGUCCGCAAGCACAUCAAACCUGACGAGUUCUGGAAACGCGUCGAAAAGGCCAAGACCAAAAUGCGUCAAGCCGUGAUCCGUCAAUUGGCCCGCAGUGCAUCCGUCAGAAACUCAUCUAUUACUCCUGAAACGCACGCUAAUGCUUUUGCCGAGCUUGAAGAUAGCUUCCGUCGAGCCGAGGCUGUCUAUGGCCCAACUCAAGCUGCCCAAGCUGCCGAAGACUUGCGUUUGGCUGAGGCUGCUCAAGCUGAAGAGCUCGCCCAAUUUGCCCCUCCAGAGCCGAUGGUCGUCAAUGAGGGUGCCGAAGAGCCCUCUAACCCAGGAACUCCCGAGGAUCUGCCAAUGGAUGCCCAAGAAGGAGACAUGAAUGGUGAAUAAACCAAGUCGACAGGGCGACAUGUAACUGUGGAGUGUGCAAUAACCAAUCUUUUUUUUUUCUCAAAAUCCAUGUACAUAUUUUUGCAUCGCGUCAAUAAUGCCCGGAAGUAUUGCUACUUCACAUUAAUAGUCUGUACAUACCUCCCCAUCCCCCUUCCACUUCAUGUCUGCAAUUGUCAAGUACCGUACCGAAUCAAUUUUUCAAUGAACCAUUCAUUGACUGGUAUCCAAUGGUUUACAACUUGCAAAGUAUGAUUUGCAAAAGAGCCCAGUGCUUCCGCUCAUGGUAAUUUUCUUUUUAGUUCAUAAGGCAAGAGGGUUCAAGAAUUGCUUGGGCCAAACAAAACGCAAACAAAAAAAAUUAAAAAUCCCGGCCAGUACGACUAAACAACAACAAAAAAAAAACAAUUAUGAUUUUCAUUGUAUGUAUUGUGCUAUCAUAUUAUUCCUAAUCCGUAUCAAUCCUUGAUAUUGAGGAGUAUCUCGGAUUGAAGUCGGAAAAUAGGAAUGUUUGGAAUACUAACACAUUCCACCUUAAUGUAAUUUCAUAUACUCGUAUGUGUCAAUCGUCAUCGUCAUAAUACCGUCAUCAUCAUUUAAUUGUCAUGUUCGAAUAUACUUGAAGCAUCAAUAAAAGCGCACUCCGCAAAACUUGA